UUAAGAGGUCUCACAUACACCUGUUUCAUCGUCUCUGACCCUAGUGUGAUGGCGCCCUAGCCUCAAACCUCGACGAGCCUCAACUAGUCAUCACCUCCCUGGACGACCCUGCACCACCCUCCCUCUCCACCACCAUCAUCACCACUCGGGACGGACGCCACUAAGGUGUGUAAGUUGCUAGGGAGGUCAAGGUGGAGUUGACCCUUGACCCCAGAGUGUCACAGUGGGUCCCGGCCCGCCUCAAGUCCUCGCCAGAUGACGAUGGAAAGCCCCCAUCACCCCCUGAAGGAGAGCCCGCCGCCUUCCCCAGGAGACGAUAGUAAAGGAAGUGAUCUAGUUGACAGCACAAGUGCCCUCUCCAACCCUUUGUUAGUAACUAGUGCGGGUGGCCUAAUGGUGACCAACCCUGCCCUCUUCACGCACACUAUGCUCAGUGCUGCCCCAACCCUCCUGCUCGGAAACUCUCCAGUCCUCGGGAGUGACUGGAUGGGGCGUCUAAAAGAACUCCAGGAGCGGGGAGGUCUGGCUGCAGCGGCGGCGGCAGCAGCAGCAGCCAGCUCAGGCAGUGACAUUGAUAGUAGAGACUUAGAUAAUUCUCAUCAGUAUACAUCUCGUAACACUGGCCAGCCCGUUGCCAUGGACCUUUGUGUUGUCUGUGGUGACCGAGCUUCUGGGCGUCACUAUGGAGCCAUCAGUUGUGAGGGUUGUAAAGGGUUCUUCAAAAGGUCAAUCCGGAAACAGCUUGGUUACACUUGCCGGGGGAACAAGACGUGCGAGGUCACUAAACACCAUCGGAAUAGGUGUCAAUACUGCCGGCUGCAAAAGUGUCUGGCGAUGGGCAUGCGCAGCGACUGUAAGAACGAUACUAAGGAUUUGUACAAAACAGUCCAGUCAGAGCGAAAGCCAAAUAGCUACUUAGGUGCAGGAGAUCGACAAGACAAGGAGGGAAGUCCGCCUCUAUCAUUAAAUCCAUUAGCGGGAUUUGAGUCUCCUUCUCCCACAAUGACCUCAAGCAAGACUCCUGUUGUGGGGAAGGACAUUCCCUCACAACCUCCAACCAGUUUGGCUGAACUUCAUCUUCAGAUGGCAAAGGCCUUUGAAGGAGCCUUCAAUAUGGAAGCCAAAGAAACAGACUGGAAUGAGUCAAGCAAUGGUGAUGCUCAACGGGAAGACGACUCUCCUGCCACAAACGGUGAAGGAGAGAGACACCAUCAUGAUAGACAAGUUAAACGGGCAUUGGAAAAUUUAUCAAAAUUUAAUGGCUCAGAAAAUGGAGAUUGUGAUGACAAUGAGAGCAACAGUACAUAUGAAUUGGAUGGCCCAUUGCUGGCUGACAGCCUAGUACCAUUCAACUUAACUGCCCCGUCCCCCAUGCCUGCCUACCUCAAUGUACAUUACAUCUGUGAGUCGGCAUCUAGAUUGCUGUUCCUAUCUGUCCACUGGGCUCGCAAUAUCCCCACCUUCCAGUGCCUCAGCCAAGAGACACAAGUGACGCUGGUUCGGGGUUGUUGGUCUGAACUGUUCACGCUGGGGAUGGCUCAGUGUAAUCGAAUCAUGUCCCUCAACACUAUUCUCACUGCCAUAGUGUCCCAUCUUACACAGGCUGCUGCUAGUGAAAAGCUUACGCCAUCCCGGUUUAAACAGGUGUCUGACCACAUAAAUCGCCUGCAAGACUUUGUCUCUGCCAUGUCUAAACUUCAGCCAGAUGAACAUGAAUAUGCAUACUUAAAGACCAUAGUGCUCUUCCAAUAUGAAAAUGUCCUUGGAGUAAAGCGAAACCAGAUAGAACGGUUGCAAGAGCGAGCAGCCCAGGAGUUAAGGCAUCAUGUUGAUGAUACGUAUCCAGAAACGCCCGAAAGAUUCUCCAGGCUCCUCCUUAAGUUGCCAACGCUCAAAGCACUCCAGCCGCAGGUGAUGGAGGAAUUAUUUUUUGCUGGCCUUAUAGGGAAUGUGCAGAUAGAUUCUGUUAUUCCAUAUAUAAUGAAAAUGGAGAUGGCUGAAUAGUUGAGUGGAGUGACAAUGGCACAGAAUUGUUGGCCAAAGAAAAUAUAAACUGUUUUUAAGAUACUGAGAGUUUGGGAGUGAAUUAAUCUCCAAAAACAGACAGUGCUCUAGAAAGUAUGUGGUCAGCUUCCUGAAGCGUAAAGAAAACAAAAGACAUUAUCCAAAGUUAAGGUGUGUGGACCUCGGGUGUUGGGGCAAGUCGCACUUGUUCAAAUAAAUAUAAAAUAACGUGGUAAUGGCCUGCCUGGAUGGUGAUAGGGUGAGGAUAAACACAUUCAGAGAAAACCAGUGACUAUUGUGCUGUGGAUUUGUACUUGAUGGGCUUUUCUUAAAUAGAAGAGGUCGAGCUUAGAGGUCAUUUAUUCUCAUGUAUUUAAAGUUUGCUGCAUUUACAUUUCUGUCAAUGGCUAACUUUGAAAUACGUGCUGAUUACUGUUUUCUGGUCUCGAUUUUUUCACGUUCAUCUCCAGUGGAUCAGGGUACUUUCAUAAGCAUUAUUUUAAGUAUAUUUGCAGUUGAUGUACAGCAUGUUUUUCAACACAUACAGCCCAUUACUAUGUAAUAAAAUAAGGCUGUUGUUUAUUAUCAAUACAGAAAUGUGAUUAUAGGCCAGUUUUUGCAAUUGCUCGUGUUCAUGGAAGACAUUGACCAGAUUACAGAUAGGCAACUUUGCUACAACAAGGCUGUGUGUCAGUGAAGCAUAUUUUUACAUUUAAGAAUGUAAAUAUGAGCUUUAUUGAGACUUAGUACAAGGUUUACAGUUGUUGAUCUCACUACAGUUCAUUACUGCGCAUGGAAACUCCCGGGGCUUCCAUGAAUUUAGGCAUGACCAGCAAUACACAUUGAUCUAAACAGGUGUUAAAAAUCAAUACCACUUACUUUACUAUACAAAUCCUUGUAAUUUGGUCAACAGUUGCUGGUCAAGUCGUUAUGGUGUGGGAUGAUGGAUGAAAAUUGUAACAACACAAACUUGAAUAAAGGCACAAUUUCAUAAAUAUAUACAGCAUGUCACCCUUAAACUGAGUUUGGUUACCAUUUUCAUCAAUCAGAUCACAAAAUUAAAAGAUAGGGUCCAGAUAACAAUCUUAAAAGAUUCUCCGAAGAAAUUAUCAUAUUUUUGUUUCAUACAGGCUGAGAAUAAACCCUUCUCAAAUUAUUAUACUACUUGUGAUGUUUCUAAAAACAAUGUUAACAAAAAUGGGCAAAGGGCAUACAAUAUCGUUACUGGUUUAGAUAUAUUCCUGCUCGCAUCCUUGUCAAAUCAUGUGAGUGGAAUAUUUAUUAAUAUUCAAUUUGUGAGAAAUGGCAUACAGGAUGUUAAUUUUCACCAAACUCACUUUACUGUCACCAGACUACUGUAUUCCCCUACCAAAAAAAGUAAAAGUGGCUUGCAAAGUACAGUACAGUAGUGUUCACUUCCACUUUAGAUAUGUAAAUUGGAUGAGAGUGGGAAUAUGAUGUGUUAUACAUAUGAAUUAUUUUACAUCCAAAGUACAUGAGGAGAUCCUGUUCAUUGAUUAUUUACAUAUGUUAUGCAACUGCAAGGUGUAUCUUAUUUCUCUUUCACUAAUGUUUUUACAUAUAAUAAGGAUUUAUUAUUUUCUUGUAAUAUUCUGUAUAUAGGGUGGUGCUUUUUAGUGAACAUAUUGUCUUCAUCUAAUUAUCUUUUACCAAGAUUAUUUAGGAUUUUUUUUUUAAAUAGAUGUUACUGUAAGAUUAUGUCAGUAUUAUUUGUGACAGUGAUGGGUGUAGUUUUAUGUAAUUUUCCCCCAAAGGAAUACUUAAAACACACAUUCAGUUACAUUGUCACUGUUUAACAUCUUUCUGAUUUCUGAUUUUGGUCUCCUUUUCAUGUUACUCAAACAAGUGAUGAUAAUUUCUUCAAAAGCAGUUUUUAUCUGUUUAUGCAGAUAUAAUUUUUCUUCUAAGUUGCAGUAGAGAAUAUUUUUUUUUUAUUAUUAACUGCAUGAACAGAAAUUUCCUUUUCUUCUUCAAUAUUGCAAUCAAGUUAAAACUUAGUGGAAGUUACUUUAUGCAGUUCCUUUAGCUGCAGAACAAAUAUACAACUGCUCCUGAUAAUUACUCUAGUCUGGCCUCAUCAGAUAUGUUUGGCAUUAUAAUAUUGCUUUAGAUUAUAAUAUCUUGCUUUUCUUUUAUUUGUCAAGUCAAACUGGUUGUAACGUCAAAUGUUACCUAUGACUGAUUACAAUUCAACACCGUUUUAGGAAAAAUUACAAAAGUGGUCUGCUAUUGUUGUAUAUAUUUGUUAAUUGGAACAGCUGUUUCCAAUAUAUUGUUUUUUCCUUCUAUUUUUGUGUUCCAAAAUUUGGUGUUCUAAGCAAGUCAUUAAAUGUACAACAGAUACAGUAAAAUAAUGAAUACCAGAUUUUUUACAUUAACAAAGUUAGAGAGUUUGUUUACUCAUUUGAUAGAAUAAAGAAAAAUCACUUGCCAGGGACAAAGCCUCAAAUCUUGUAGUCAUGUCAGGGCCACAGCACACAACAAUGAUGAAUAUGAUCAUUGACUUUGUUUGUCCUGCUGAGUUUCAGUUUAAAAAAAAAUGUAUUUUUUUAUUUACUGUUUAAGAGAGAUAACAGCAAAGUGCAUUACCAUAAAGUUUACACAAAUACCUUUCUUACUUUUAUAAUUCUUGAGCUUUAUCCCAGCUUAUGGUGGGUCGAGUGUGAUACCCCCACCAAGAUUGUUAAUUUACUAAGGUAAAAAGUUAUUAAAAUAACAUAAAGGCUGCAUCAUAACUGGUCCUUACACCAGAAUCACACAUGGGUGAGGUGGCAAAACCCUUGUUAAUAUGUUCUGAACACUUUUCACCGGUGAAAAAAAUGUGCACGUAGUGAGUAAAUUUUACAGUUCUGACAGGAGCAGCAAUUAUUAGUUGUCAGGAUAAGGUCUUGUAACCUGCAUUCAGUAAUUUUGUGAGUGGAGAUCAUUGCUUGCUGUGGACAAUGUGAGGCCUAUGCUUUUUAAACAUUGUAAAUUAAUUUAGCCAAUCACAAUAUUUAAUGACUAAACUCUGCAUAAGGUUCAGUUAUUAUGAUAUAAUCAAAAAUAAAUCCAUUCAAUAUCAAACAGUAGAUAUAAGUUUAAUUCUCAUGACAGGAGAAGGCAGUGAGCAAUGAUCAUUUUAUAGGGAAUUUAUUGAAUGCAAUCAUGGUUACCUAUAAAUUAUGCCACAAAUAAACACUAACAAAUGCUAAGAAUUGCUGAGUCUGUCCCAAAAUAUAGAUAUUAUUUUAUUCAACAACACGGUGAGAAAUAAUCCCGGCAAUUAAAUCAUGCAAGGUUCUUCCGUUAUAUUGAGUGAAUUAUCAAAAGAUAGACUUUCAUAAUGGAAAUGCCUUAAGAAAUACAAAUCACAUUUUUGUAUAUGAAAGAUUGAUCAUAUUUUUGUAUGAAAUUUUGAGAAAAAAAUAUAAAAGUUUCUGCUGCUCAUGUACUGAUACACAAUGGAGCUUCUCAGUUGUGGAUACAUUGUGUUGUGACAAUGGAGAUUGAUCCUUGAUGAGGUAAUACAAAAGGUUCAUGUUCACUUGUCUCAUCACAUAAAACACGUGAAUUUGAAAUGGACACAAAAGGUAAUGGUAAAUAAUCUGAUACAGUUAAGGUAAUCAGGUACAAUCUAUAUUUUAUAUAGUUGUGAUAAACACGUUUACAAAAUAUUUUGCAUUCUGUAUAUUUUGUGUCUCUUUCAAAUGCUCUGUGUUUUUAUCAAUAUAUUUUUUUUCAUGGGAAACACCCUUGUAUAUAUCAUUUAAGAACAACAAUCAUCAAUCGUUUGUCUAUUUCAUUAUUUCUCUAUGAUGUAAUUAUGUAUUUCUUAACAUAAAUUUUAAAAGACAGA